GCAGCAAGGACGUCCUCCCCCUUUUUUUUUUUUUUUUUUUGUCCCUCCUCCUCCUCACAUCUGCAGACGAUGCGAAGGACGAGAGCCGCUAGGACAACUUCCGACUCUCUGACCGCGCGAGGCUCGCAGAUCUCAUCUUCUCUCCUUGCUGGUAACCUGUGAAUGUGACAUCGCUUCGCCUGGGCAGGGAAUAAAAAAGCCAUCGCCAUGAAUUUCGUAAUGAAGCAAGCGUUGGGAGGGGCCACCAAAGACAUGGGGAAGAUGCUCGGCGGGGAGGAGGAGAAGGACCCCGAUGCUCAGAAAAAAGAGGAGGAGAGGCAAGAGGCGCUGAGGCAACAGGAGGAGGAGAGGAAGGCCAAGUACGCAAAGAUGGAGGCCGAGAGAGAAAACAUCCGACAGGGCAUCAGGGAUAAGUACGGCAUCAAGAAGAAGGAGGAGAAGGAGGCGGAGGCGGCGGCCGCCAUGGAGCAGGCCUCCGAGGGCAGCCUGACCCGCCCAAAGAAGGCGGUGCCCACCGGCUGCGGCGACGAGGAGGAGGAGGAGAGCAUCGUGGACACGGUCAUGAAGUUCAUACCGACUCCGCUCAUGGAUAUGUUCAGUAAAAAAUAAACCUUCCCGCCGCGCUCCUAUCUGCCCCUCCCCCUCCCCUUCUUCGCUCUUCUUCUCUUCUCAAUGUGCUGCAGCUGCACAACGUGUGACGUCAUCCUCCACUUUCUCUGUGGGGGGUCAACUUUUUUUUUUUGGUUCUAAAACAUGCUGAUCGGAGGUUUUUUCCAUUUAUUGUAAUGUUGUUUUUUUCGCUUUUAUUUGUAAAUAAAAAAACAAUAAUGAUAUAUAUAUAUAAAUAUAUGACAUUACGGAUAGAUGAGUACAAGCCAUAUUUUUAUCUUUAAAGACGAUAUCCAAAUCAUUUUUCUUUUACUUUCUUAGUAAUAUUUGAUACACGCGGUCUCUCUCUCUGUGUGUGUGUGUGUGUGUGCGUGUGUGUGUGUGUGUUGUGUGUGUGUUGUAUUUCUACCCUUCUUGAGACAUCAACAAGGAAAAGUAGCUUCCACAUGAGGAGGUGUGAACAAGUUAAAGUACCAAUGAUUGUCACACACACACUAGGUGUGGUGAAAUUUGACCCAUUACCCUUGUUCACCCCCUGGGAGGUGAGGGGAGCAGUGAGCAGCAGCGGUGCCGCGCCCGGGAAUCAUUUUUGGUGAUUGUUAGGACAUAAAUCAUGGUCCCAAUACGGAAAACCAUUGCAUCUAAUAGAGAAUGUUUUUUUGUUUUUUUGUCCUGUCCAGCUGUGUGUCGGUUUUAAAAGUGUUCCCCCUCUGGUCAACAUAUGAAAUAAGUGUGUGUCAGAAAUUGAAAUGCGCCCCCUUUGGCCAAAAUUAAAUUUAAAAAAAUAUAUAUGUAUAUAGAGACAUAGUGUAAUACCUUGACGUAAAUAAUGAAGAUUAA